AAAGCCGAUCCUUUAUUCGGAUGCGCCCGAGAUAAAGAAAGUUGCCGAAGCAGUUAGACAGAAGGUUCGGAACCGCCUUUUCCAGGAGCUGAUCAAAGCGGCUAUCGGAGGCGAUCGGGGGUGGGGUUUUCGGGAGGGGUUUCUCGGAGCUCAUUCAAUGGAGUCGUUUGGUUUCCACGACGGAAACAUCUACGAUAGGCUCGAGACCCGUCGCUUCGACGUUGGCCGAGAUGUUAAUCACAGUUUACAGAUGCACUCAUCAAUGAUACGGAGGCUCUCCCUUGAAAAAGUAAUGGAGGGGCAUCAAGGUUGUGUUAAUGCUGUGGCUUGGAAUUCCAAAGGUUCUCUUUUGAUAUCUGGAUCAGAUGACACAAGGCUUAAUAUUUGGAGCUACUCUAGCCGGAAGCUUUUGCAUUCUAUAGAGACGGGGCAUUCUGCAAACAUAUUCUGUACAAAGUUUGUGCCUGAAACCUCUGAUGAGCUUGUAGUCUCUGGAGCUGGAGAUGCAGAAGUGCGGUUAUUUAAUUUGUCUCGCUUAAGUGGGAGAGGAUCAGAUGAUAAUGUUAUUCCUCCAUCUGCCCUGUAUCAGUGUCACACUAGAAGAGUAAAAAAAUUAGCUGUUGAAGUUGGAAACCCCAAUGUGGUGUGGAGUGCUAGUGAAGAUGGAACUUUGAGACAGCAUGAUUUUCGAGAGGGAACAUCUUGUCCUCCAGCUGGAUCUUCUCGUCAAGAAUGUCGCAAUGUUCUACUUGACUUGCGGUGUGGAGCAAAGAGGUCACUUUCGGAUCCUCCUAAACAAAUUCUUGCUCUAAAAUCUUGCGAUAUCAGUUCCACUAGACCUCAUUUGCUCCUUGUUGGUGGGAGCGAUUCAUUUGCACGUUUAUAUGAUAGAAGGAUGCUGCCACCACUGUCCUCUUGUCAGAAUAGGAUGUCACCACCUCCUUGUGUUAACUAUUUCUGCCCGAUGCAUCUCUCUGAGCGAGGGCGUACAAGCGUGCACCUCACUCAUGUUACAUUUAGUCCAAUGGGAGAAGAGGUUCUCCUUAGUUAUAGUGGAGAGCAUGUGUACCUGAUGGAUGUAAAUAAUGCUAGCAGGAGCGCUAUGCAAUAUACUUCAGGAGAUGUUUCAAAGCUGAUGAGCUUCACGCCUAUACUCAAUGGGGCAGAAUUGCAGUCACCAGUGUCCAAUAUCCUCCCAAGCUGUCAUACUAGAAAAGGCAAUGUUGGCACAACGCUUGAAAAGUGCAGGAAACUAAUUAAAAUUGCGGAAAAAUCCUUAGAGGAGGCAACAAAUUGCUUCUAUGGAAUUGAGGCUUGCAAUGAGAUUUUGGAUGGAUGUUGUCGUGACAUUGAGCCCAAGCUAAAGCAUGGAUGUCUAUGUCUACGUGCUGCUUUAUUGCUCAAGCGGAAGUGGAAAAAUGAUGCUCAUAUGGCUAUAAGAGAUUGCUACAAUGCCCAGAGAAUUGAUAAUUCCUCGUUUCGAGCACUUUGCCAUAUGUCUGAAGCUCUAUCGCAGUUAGGCAAACAUAAAGACGCACUAGACUUCGCCAUUGCAGCCCAAUAUUUGGCCCCGUCAAAUUCUAAAGUGGCAGAAAGAGUGGAGAAUGUCAAAAAAGAUCUUGCUGCAGUUGAAGCUGAAAAAAAUAAUAAAGCAAAUGAUGGAGUGCCAAGGUCUGAAUUGAGAGGUGGAAAAAUACUCUCAUUAAGUGAUAUACUCUACCGAUCAGAGGCUAAUAGUGAUGCUUCGCAAGACGGACCAAGAUCUGAAAGAGAAGAUUCUGAUUACGAUGAGGAAGUGGAGUUGGACUUUGAAACUUCAAUAUCUGGCGAUGAAGGCCAUGAUGUUGAAUCAAACAUUCUUCAUGGGAGUUUAAAUGUGAGAUUUCAUCGAAGGGGUGAUUCACCAAGAGAAAGUGCUGGCGCAAAUGGAACAUGUGGAUCACCUUCUUCAUCAUCACAAAAUGACAGGAUAUCUUAUCAGCCUGAGCCAGUAAUUGAUAUGAAGCAGAGAUACGUUGGUCACUGUAAUGUUGGAACUGACAUAAAACAGGCCAGUUUUCUUGGCCAGAAAGGUGAGUAUGUUGCAAGUGGAAGUGAUGAUGGGAGAUGGUUUAUCUGGGAAAAGAAAACCGGUAGACUGAUAAAAAUGCUUCUUGGAGAUGAUGCUGUUGUGAACUGCGUCCAGUGCCAUCCAUUUGAUUCUGUUGUGGCAACUAGUGGGAUUGACAACACGAUAAAGAUAUGGACUCCAAGUGCUCCUGUUCCAUCAAUUGUAGCAGGUGGAGCAGAACGACCAGAAACUGCUGAUGUGCUGGUCACCAUGGAAAACAAUCAACGCAAAUUAUGCCGUAAUCGUGAAGCUUUCCUGCCUUUCGAAAUUCUUGAGCGAUUUCGAAUGCAUGAGUUUAAUGAAGGUACAUUUCAUCCGUUUGAGUGUACUCAGAGCUAAUCAGGUUCCUUACUGCAGCAUGCGUAUACUGCCUGUCUAAGUGUAAAUUGAGUGGUGGAGUUCCUUCAUUAUGCAAAAGGCGCGAAAGGGGAGAAACAAGCAACCAUGUCGUUGUUAAUAGGAAAUUAGUUGACACUGUGAAGUCCUUUGGCGUCCUGCAAUAAUAAAUUUAUGAUUAAAUGAGGACAGCUGUGAUGAUGUGGUUAGCCCUAGAGCGCUUUUUGUUAGUAUCACAUAAAUAUAUAUAUUUUCAAUUUUUUGUUCAUUCUAUUUGGUAAAAUAUAUCUGAAAUUUUCUUGUAUAGUUGAACCUUUUGUUUUAGUUUUU